GAAUUUUCUACCCGAGAAUUGAAAGAAAGGGUUGAAAAACUAUACAUUAAAAAUGAUCAAGGUGUUGAUAGUGAUAACGGACAAAAUUAUUACUUUUAUAAAACGCAGUUAGAGGGAGAGUUAGAUCUCAAUGAAUUUGUUAAUCUUAAAUAUUUGGAAAUUAAAGGUAGUGAUUUUGGAAUUGGCACUUAUCAAAAACUAACUAACAUUGAUUUGACAAGUUGUGAAAAAAUAAAAGAACUUUAUCUUUGUCGUAACGAUGGUAAUUUAGUGAUUGAGGGAAAUAACACCCUUAGUGUUAUAAAGUUGGAACGCUGUGAAAAUUUAGUUAACUUUCCGGUUUCAGAAUUACUGUCCAAACUUGAAACUUUAGAUAUUAGUCUCUGCCCUAAAUUAAAGACGAUUCCUAAUUUAAAAAAAUUAAGGAAUUUAAAAACCCUUAUUUUUUAUGAUUGUCCAAAUUUGACUGAAUUAGAAGGAUUAAACGAACUUAGCAAAUUGGCAAAAUUUUCUAUUAAUGAAAACCGCCAUCCUUAUAGUGCCCGUGAUUGUAAAUUAACCAACCUUGAUUUAAGCAAAAUGGAUAACUUAAGCAGGCUAUUUUUGGGUUAUUGUCCGCAGUUAGAAAAUUUAAUUCUGACUGAUUGUCGACAGUUAGAUAAUGCAUCCCUAUCUGAUUGCUCGCAACUGAGUAAAUUAGAGGGAUUAGAAGGAUUAAAAAGUUUAAAAUCACUUGCUUUUACAAAUUGUCCUCAGUUGCCGCAACCGAGUUUUGAGUUGAUGGAUUCCCUACAAAGUUUAAACAUUGCUAAUUGUCCAAAAUUUGCUUGUCAAUCUGAGAGUUUACCGCCCAAAAUUGUUAACCUUAGGUUUGCUUCUCAGCAAUUUUCUAAUUACAAUUUGGAAAAAUUAGUGGCAAAAGAAAGUGUUGGCGAGUUAAAUGAUCUUACAUCUUUGGUAAUUGAAAGUUGCUCUAAUCUGGAAAAAAUUGAGGGCUUAGAAAAAUUGGUUAAACUAGCCGAACAAAAAAUUCAAGGAUUAGAGACGGAGGUGGAGACUGAGAAAAAAGAGAAUCAGGAAAUGAAACAACAAUUGUCCGAAUCUGAAAAUCAGGUUGCUAGGUUAGAGAAAGACAAAGCAAAAGCAGAAGAUGACGCUCGCCAAGAGUCGGCAGAGAAAAUUAAAGAAAUUGAAGAGUUGAGAAAGAAACAAUUAACCGAAAAUGAAAAAAGGAUUUUAGAGAAAUUAGAAGAGUUAUUUAGUAUUUUUGACAAUAGAACCGAAAUUGCUGAUAAAGAUAUUGAAAAUUUAGAAAAAGUAUUAAAAGAGUAUAGAAACCUUGAUUUUACUAAUACUCCUAAUUUACCGGAUAAUUUUAAGUCCGAAAAUGAGGGCGUGGCUAAUAUCCAGCAAAAAGAAGAAGAGAUUAAGGGACGAAUGAAAGAAAUUGAUACUUUAAAAUCCAGAGUUGAAAGUUUAAAUAGUAGGUACGAACACGAAAGACAAUUUGUUGAACAAGAGUUAAAAAAAAUCACUGGGCUACAAGAGAAAAUAGAUGCUUUAAAAUCAGAAAGUGGCCAACAGAAAACUUUGUUGCAAAAACAAUUAGAUGAGGUUCAAAAGGAAGUUAAACAAUCGCAAGAGAAACUUGAUGCAGAACAAACCAAAGCAGAAUUCUUACAAAAUAAAUUGGAAGAAUUAAACCAAGAAAAAAGUGUUUUGCAGGAUGAUUUGAUUAAGAGAGACAAAGAGAUAACCGAACUUAAAAAAAAGAUAGAGAUGCUUGAUUUUCUAACCAAAGAAAAAUUUAAAAAAGGAGAGAUUUAUGAACUUUCUACUCCCGGAAGUUUUAUACAAGAUUCCUCCGAGAUUAUUCAAGGAACUGACCAAGGAGGUCAUGAAUUAGAAAGGGCUUCUGAUGCAAAGCAAGAACUUAUUGAGUUGAAAAGAAAAUUUGAUGAUCUUCAAUUGAAAAAAAGACAAGCCGAAGAGAAAAUAAGUUCUCUUGAAGAAAGCAUUCAAAAUAAGGAAGAAGAAAAUCAGAAAUUAAACCAAGAAUUACAUAACUCCAGAGAUGAAACAGGUCAAUUGCAAAGUAGAGUUACUAAUCUUGAAUAUGAAAGAGAUAAAAUAAAAAGUGAUCUUAAAACUGAAAUAGAUGAAAUAAAAAUUAAAUGGGCUUCUCCGAAAGAAAGAAAAAAACUUACUCAAGAAAAAGAAAAAUUGAGUAACGAGUUGAAAACGGAGAGAAGAGAAAAACAAAACUUAAUUGAAUCACUGGAAGAUCUUCCGAAUGAAAAGUUGAAUGAUGCUCAAAAAGUUUCAUUUAACACUCUUUUAGCCAUGCAAAGACAACUUGACGUUUUGGUUUUUAAAGGGGUUGACCAACAACUUUGCUCUGUAAUCAAGGAUCAAUUGCUAGAUGCUAAGGUAAAAUUAGGUGAAAAACUUGAUGCCGAAGAGAUAGGAGAAAUUUGUGAAAUGCAAACCGAGAUAGUUAAGUUGGAAAAUAGUCAAACUCAGUGA